AACCUCAUGUUCCCUGGAUCCCAGGUUCGAUAGUAGUACCCGUUACUAGCUCUUGACUAAGUUAGUAUCAUCUGGGGAACGUGCCUCACCGACACAUCGACACUCGCACCUCUUCAGAGAAAUCAUCCCUGAAAAAACCACCUGUUGGUUGGGAACAAGCCCAGCUUGACCAGCUCUCUCACCACAUGGCUUCCCUACGGCUGGAGUCCUCUACUUCAUCAAUUGCACCCGCUGAACAGCUCCCUUUCGAGGUCCCCAUCAUUGAUGACAAUGAGCUACUCGUUGACGUGGUUCGAAAACUUCACAAUUAUAUGCUCGUCGCUAUAAAUGAUGUUGCAUGCACCUUUGAGGAGCUGAGAUUUUCCCCUCAUGGCCAAAGCCUCAGGUUGCUCUUGUACUCCUUGGCCGAAAAUUCCCACAACCCUUGUAUAAUAUCUGCGUUGAUGAUCCUCAAAUGGCAGUUCAGCAACGAUGCAGAGAACGAUUGGGGCUUGAACGAAAGUCGGGGAUAUGCCUGCGAAUACGUCGCAUGGCAGUUUCUCUGUCACAUUGAUCAGCGUGAAACCAUUGAAUACCUCCUCGAGGAACUGAAAGUUCCCAUCCAAAGUGGAAUCAAUAUCUCACAAGCAGAGAGAGGCACAUCUGGAUUUGCGUCGGCGGCUGGCGAACCUUUCACGCAAGAGGGCGAAAGGACCCCUUUAUUGUUAAGCUCAUCAUCUUCGCUUUAUCGUUUCUUCGGCGGCAAGAGGCGUACAGGGAGCUCUCUCGACAUAGAUGAGCCGGGAAGCAACGUAUCUGCAAGUGAUGCAUAUGAGCUCGAGCGACUGUCAAGGUUCUUUGGACUCAACGCACUAGAAAUUGCAACAAUUGCCCACGCAAAAAGAUUCCUCAGUCAGAAAGUGGUCCAGAAAGUGAUAGACAAUAUUUGGAACGGCGAGAUUGUUUUCUGGGAUUCUUUGAGCGUGCAUUCGAAGAAAAAGCCCCAGUUCUUUAACAAAAGAACGGCAGAUCCAUACUCCCGAUUGAGAGUACCAGUAUACCGGAAGGCCUUUGAAGCUGCCUUCUUUGUCUCAUUCUUAUUCCUCUACUAUGCGGUGUUGGUUGAGAGGAAGCCUACUGGGAUUGGGUUGUUUGAGACCAUGAUGUACAUCUGGAUCGCUGCCUUCGCAUAUGAUGAAGUUAGCGGGAUGGCUGAUGCCGGAAUGCUCUUCUAUCAGAUGGACUUUUGGAGUGCUUGGAACAUGGGCAUCAUUGGCACAGGACUUGCCUUUGUCAUUACCAGGAUAAUCGGUCUAGCCAAACAUAGUGAUUACAUCACGGAUGUGUCGUUCGACAUCCUAUCUUUGGAGGCGUUGUUUCUGGUUCCAAGGAUCUGCUCCCUUGUCAGCUUGAAUUCUUAUUUUGGAAGUCUGAUCCCCGUGCUCAAAGAGAUGACAAAAGCGUUUUUUCGAUUCAUACCGGUUGUCGUAGUGCUGUACCUAGGGUUCUUGACUACAUUCACCAUGCUUGCGCGUGACCGCCUCUCUCUGCGCCAAAUGUCGUGGAUUCUGGUGAAGGUGUUCUUUGGAUCGAAUGUGCUGGGCUUCGACAUCGCUCACGAUAUUUCCCCGAUAUUUGGCUACGGACUGAUGUUGAUUUUCGUCUCCAUGACCAACUUGCUGUUGAUUUCGUCGUUGGUCAGUCUGAUGAGCAUGAGUCUGGAAGGGGUUAUGGCCCAUGCCCGCGAAGAGUAUCUCUUUCAGCUGUCCAUCUAUGUCCUGGAAAGUAGCAAUUCCCGUCGCCUAACGUACUUCAUGCCCCCGCUGAAUCUCAUCCCCCUCCUCUGUAUCCGCCCCAUGAGGCUCUUCUUACCUGCAGAGCACAUCCGCCGGGUGCGCAUCGUGCUGCUCCGGGCCACACACCUGCCCUUUGUCGCACUGAUCUGGGCCUAUGAAUCUAGCCGCCGCUACGUUUCUCGGAGAAAUAGCCAGUUCCCACCAACAGCGACGACGACGGCGACAGGGAGCAGUCGACCUACGUCUGCCAUCCAGAUGGGGUUCCCUCUCUCCACGCACCAUGCCCCGCUCCAUGCCUCCGCACUCGACGGGCGUUCGUUGGGAUCAAGCCGGCCUAGGGAACGGUCUAACCCAGGUCAGCAACCCGCGGCGCGCGGACCAAGUUCGGGGCAGACCGGCCGUGGUGACACCGCGGAUAUGAUCGACGAGGUGGAACGGUUGCGCACCCAAGUGGAGCGAGUGGCUGCUCGGAUGACCUUUCACCAACGAGGCCAGCUAUGAUGCAGGAGAGAGGAGGAAUGGCUGCAAGAAACUGGGAUGCCGUACAGGGCGAAGUGGACGGG